CACGGUUUGCCCAGUGCAGAGAGAGGGGCUCCUCCGUGUUCCGCCUCCGUGGAGUAUUUGGGAUUGGAGAGAGACACACGCACACGCACACACACACACAGAGACCAUCUGCAGUGUCAAUGCGGCGCCUGCUCUGAAGACUGAAGUGGGGGGAAAGGAGAGGGGAAAAAGAAUAAUAUAUAUAUUUAUAUAUAUAAACCCACCCAAAAGCAAGCGAGGAGCUUUCCCAGGACAAAAUCUGCCAGGGAAUUGGUGUUUUGAAGACACUUACAGCUUCCAAUCCUCAUUCCCUUGGGAAUACAAACAUUUCUAAAUAUGUCACCAGCCAUGUGGAAGUGGACUUGCCUGGUUUCUCACCUCCUGUUAUCUGCCACAGUGUCACCUCUUGGGAGACAGCAGCCUCCCCACCCAAAAAGGCCCUUCAUCACCUUCACUGGAGAACAAACGGAGGGGAACUUCAACCAUUUAGUGGUUGAUGAAAGGACUGGGCACAUUUACCUGGGAGCUGUCAACAGGAUCUAUAAACUUUCCAGUGACCUGAAGGUCCUGGUGACCCACCAGACUGGUCCUGAUGAUGAUAAUCCCAAAUGCUAUCCUCCCAGGAUAGUCCAAACCUGCAACGAACCCUUGACACCCACUAACAACAUCAACAAAAUGCUCCUCAUAGACUACAAGGAGAAUCGAUUGAUAGCCUGUGGGAGUCUUUACCAGGGCAUCUGUAAGCUUUUGAGGCUGGAUGACCUCUUCAAGCUGGGAGAACCCUUCCACAAGAAGGAGCAUUACCUCUCCGGCGUGAAUGAGAGUGGCUCUGUUUUUGGAGUCAUUGUUUCUUACAGCAACAUGGAUGACAAGUUGUUCAUUGCCACUGCUGUGGAUGGCAAACCUGAGUAUUUCCCCACUAUCUCUAGCAGAAAGCUUACUAAGAACUCUGAGGCAGAUGGGAUGUUUGCAUACGUUUUCCAUGAUGAGUUUGUGGCAUCUAUGAUCAAAAUCCCCUCAGACACCUUCACCAUCAUCCCUGAUUUUGAUAUCUACUACAUCUAUGGCUUCAGCAGCGGUAACUUUGUUUAUUUCCUAACUUUGCAGCCUGAGAUGAUCUCACCACCUGGUUCCACCACAAAAGAACAAGUUUAUACCUCUAAGUUGGUCCGGUUGUGCAAAGAGGACACAGCUUUCAACUCCUAUGUUGAGGUGCCCAUUGGCUGUGAGAAGAACGGGGUGGAAUAUCGGUUGCUCCAGGCAGCCUAUUUGUCCAAGGCUGGAGCCAUUUUAGCAAGGUCUUUGGGUGUUGGCCCUGAGGAUGAUAUCCUCUUCACAGUCUUCUCUAAGGGGCAGAAAAGGAAGAUGAAGUCCUUGGAUGAAUCUGCUCUUUGCAUCUUUGUCCUGAAAGAAAUCAACGAUCGCAUCAAAGACAGGCUGCAGUCCUGCUACAGGGGAGAGGGGACAUUAGAUCUGGCCUGGCUCAAAGUCAAGGACAUUCCCUGUAGCAGUGCGCUGUUAACAAUUGAUGACAACUUCUGUGGCCUGGAUAUGAAUGCCCCCUUGGGAGUAUCAUCUAUGGUGCGAGGGCUCCCCAUUUACACUGAAGAUGGAGACAGAAUGACAUCUGUGAUCGCUUAUGUCUACAAGAACCACUCCCUAGCUUUUGUGGGAACCAAGAGUGGAAAGCUCAAGAAGCAUUGUGUCAAGCAUGCACCAUCACCUCCAAACUGGGAUCCUCCUUGGUGUGGUGAGCAUGGAAUUAGGUUGGAAAUGAGUCGCACGCUCACAGGCUCCAAUGGGAGAUGAGUUGGAACCCUGGAAGAGCCAAGAGAAGCACAGUCGAGAGGAAAGUUGGGAACUACUGAUCUGUGGGUUUCGGCUCUGGUUUCAAUCCUUCAUUCCAAGCAUGCUCUGCUGAUGAUUCCUGACAGGGCUGGGACACUUUUGGUAACAAAACAUGAACUCCCAAGGGACUUCAGUGGGUUUCAGAAGCUCUGUGGGUUCUUGCUUUUCGAUCUGAUGUACUAUGUUGGCAUAGGACCCCAGCACUGUUGUGUUUAAGGCAUCCUGGAAAUGCAAACCACUAUUUCUACUCCAGUCAUGCUGGUGUCUCACCCUGCUGGGAUGCUUGUGGCUGUAGUCUGGAAUCAUCUUUCCCUUUGACUUCAUGUAACUUUUUCUGAACUGAUCCUGGCAAUGUAUUUCAGCGAUGUCGGGCAAAAGGUUAUCGCUGAAAGUGGUGGAGACCUCAUCAUAUUAAUUUUUCAGAAUU